AUCAUUAGUUUAUUUGUACCAAGAAAUGAAUGAAUGAAUAAACGUAUUUAAAUGAUUCUUUGACUAAGUUAACAUUAUUAAAGGUUUCGUAAUAUUUUUGUUCAAAUAGGGAUUAAUUGAACACGCAUCUAAGAUUGUUGGAAACAUGCAUCCUGAGGAAUCUUGGCAUAAUAUCCAGUCAAUUGUAGAGACAGUGGUAAAGGCUGUUGAUAACAUGACACCAAAUGUUAGAUACUGCCAGCAGAUGUCUGUUGCUUCGUCCGAUUUAACAAAUGCAAGACUGGUUCCGGUUGGCUCCGAACAUGACAAAGAACUAAAGUUGCACAAAUGCAAGCUGACUAAAAGCCUCCGCAACAAUCGUGAACAGUGGUAGGCGACAAAAGCCAAAGAGGUGGGGACAGGCCACAAUCAGACAACUAUUCUGACUCAUUAGAGGAAGGGGUUAUAGAUGACCUGUGAUAAGCAGAACAGUUUCCGAGAAGAACGGUGCUUUAACUACCUAUCAGGAUAAACGAAUGGAACGUUGAAUGACACAGUUUAGGGGCAAUCCAGUUGGCCUAUACUCCACGUUAAAUUUCCCAGCGCUCGGCACCUACAUGUGUGUGAUGUAGACAUCGGUAGUCUUACUGUAACUGAGGUCUCUAAUCUGAAACGAGGCGAAGCAGCAGAAUCUAACGAAGUAACUUCAGAAUUACUUAAGAAUGCCGGUGAUGAAACGCUGUCUGAGCUAAGAUAUUAAGUACUGUAAGAGGAUCCCAAAUAGUUCCCUUGGACUGGUGUACAUCAUCAAUUAUCCCAGGUUAUAAGAAGAGAGAGAAGUCUUCCUGCCAUAACCAUGUAGGGGCUAGCUAGAGUAACGUAAUAUAUAAAAUUCUAAGUUCCGUAAUCACAUAACAGACUGAGCGAUGCUCAGAAGAAACAAACCCCUUUUUAGCAAGCUGACUCUAGACUGGCUUCCUUCGAUAGAUUCAAGAACCUCGGCAUAAUCACCGACGCCCAACAAUUGCCAUACUUCUUAACCUCAAGUCGUAUUUGAUAGGAUCCCACACAUUUUGGUAUUGACUGUUAAUCUUGCAUAUAUGGUAUAUUAUCAUUCUCACACAUUUUGGUAUUGACUGUUAAUCUUGCAUAUAUGGUAUAUUAUCAUUCUCACACAUUUUGGUAUUGACUGUUAAUCUUGCAUAUAUGGUAUAUUAUCAUUCUCACACAUUUUGGUAUUGACUGUUAAUCUUGCAUAUAUGGUAUAUCAUUAUUCCCACACAUUUUGUUGUUGACUGUCAAUCUCGCACAUAUGGUAUAUUAUCAUCUCUCACGCACUUUGUUAUUGGCUAUUAAGAUCAAUUAUUUCAAAUGCUGUUAGCUGUCCAUAUUGUUGUAAAAUGUAUAAAUACCAUGGCUUUCUUUAUCGUUGUUGCACUUCAAUACACAGUCACAGUCCAGCCUUUGUCUUUUGAUAUUUGCGUGCUUUACUAAAUCGGAAGGUACGACAAGCAGAUAGGCAGAUUAGUUCAGGCGCAGACAGAGCAAGGUGAAAACGUCUUCAUUCAAUUCCCUACAGUUAUAACAAAUUGGCGACGGGGUUUACCUUAAUUCAUCAGUUAUAACAAAUUGGCGACGGGGUUUUACCUUAAUUCAUUGCAGUUAUAGCAAGCAAACGACGACAGUUUUUAUUCUGUUCAGCGCAGCUAUAUAACAUUUUUGACUGUGUUAAUUACAACCCAAUUACAAUGUCUAUCUCUCUGGACGAUCUCAAAUCUAUCUUGCAGCAGCAGCAAGUUCAGAAUGAAGCAGCUCAACUAAAAUUAAUCGAAGCUCUCACUCAGAAGCUGUCCAUUCAAGUUCCAUCAACAUCUCAUUCUGACAAAUAUGAAAGCAUCUCAAAUUCCAUCAGUGAGUUCAACUACGACCCAAUAUCUGGUCUCGUAUUUGAUGCAUGGUUCAAUCGUUACGAAGACGUUUUCCGUAUUGAAUGCUACAUGUUUGAUGAUGCUGCCAAAGUCCGAUUGUUACUAAGAAAACUUGGUACUGUUGAGCACAACAGAUAUGUUAACUUCAUUCUGCCCAAGAACCCACGUGAGUUAUCAUUCGAUGAGACAGUCACCGUUUUAUCACAAAUCUUUGGUGAACAGUCAUCCAUGUUUAAUAUUCGGUAUCAAUGUUUUCAGUUGACAAAAAUGCCUUCCGAUGAUUAUGUGACUUACGCUGGCAAAGUGAACAAGGAAUGUGAAAGGUUCAAACCACACGAAAUGACAUCAGAUCAGUUCAAGUGUUUGAUUUUUAUUUGUGGGUUGAAGAACCCAGAAGAUACUGACAUACGAACUCGACUUCUGUCACUCGUGGAACAAGACCCGAAAAUGACUUUACAAAUGGUGACAGCAGAAUGCCUACGUUUAAUCAACUUGAAGCACGAUACUGCUAUGGUGGAGUGCAAACGACAGUCGUCUGAAUUUGGUUCGAUUAACACAGUGAAAAGUCCUCCGAUCACCGUUAAGCACACAGAACGUCAGUCUCAAAAUUCAGCUAAACCUCCUUCAGUGUGCUGGCACUGUGGUUCGUGGCAUUUUGUCAAGUUCUGUCCUUUCAAGAAGCAUAAAUGCCGUAAUUGUCACCGUUUUGGACAUAAGGAGGGUUACUGUACACCGCAGAAAAAUCCUUCGGUGAGGAACAGAAGUAGUCGUUUCAAGCCGAAACAAUCUCCUCGAGUACAGACCGUUUAUACAACUUCCAAAGUCGAGUUCGCCAGCAAACGUAAGUACAUAACACUAGAUAUUAACGGCAAACGUAUUCGUCUUCAGUUGGAUACGGCAUCAGAUAUCACCGUAAUUUCCCGAACUACGUGGCGCAAACUUGGUUGCCCACAGAUUCUGCCGACCGAGCAUGUCGCCAAGAAUGUCUCUGGAGAUAUACUGAAACUCGUGGGUGAGAUAAAUUGCCAGGUUCAGUUUGGUGAGCAUCACUUCAAUGGUGUAUGUUACGUUACAAACUACCAUGAUUUGAAUUUGCUUGGUCUUGACUGGUUAGACAAGCUCCAUAUCUUUAAUGUACCAUUAAAUUCAGUAUGCUCUAAUGUUUCGUCUUCACCACACAACGUUGUUCCCGGAGAUGUAUCUGAUCAAUCUCUCUUGCAACGCCGUCGUCAAAAGCACGCUUCUGUCUUCCAGGACAAACUUGGUUGCUGCAAACUGUUUGGCAUCCAGCAUAUUCGUAGCCCCCCGUAUCAUCCCCAAUCGAAUGGACAGACUGAACGUUUCGUCGACACCUUUAAGCGUGCUUAUGCAAAAGCGAAGGGGGAGGGAACAACAGAAGAAAUUUUGGAUAAAUUCUUGCUGCAUUAUCGUACGAAUGAAAAAGGACAGUUAUGUGUCAGACACACAGAUCACGCUCUAUCCAGUACCACGCAAAGGUCAACUCGACAAAGAAGAGCUCCGAAACCUUUUCAAAUAGAUCCAAAAAGCAAGUCCUACACUCUUUACGGGGAGAGGUGAUAGGAUCCCACAUAUUUUGGUAUUGACUGUUAAUCUUGCAUAUAUGGUAUAUUAUCAUUCUCACACAUUUUGGUAUUGACUGUUAAUCUUGUAUAUAUGGUAUAU